UUCACGUUAAAAUUAUUCAAGUAAAAAUAAUCUAAAAAAGUAUUUAUGGUGAUGGUUCAUAGCUUUAGUUGACUUAAAAUGAAUCCAUUAAACGUAUUUUCAAAAGCAAAAAUUGUAUGGGUUAGUGCGCUUGAUUCAUCCAGAUUAUUAACUUAUACCGUUGGCACACAUAUAUCUCAUCGUGGAUAUGCUAAAAAGAGUAGUGAUGACUGCAGAAGGGCAUGUGUAGAUAUUCCCCCAGAUGUUGAUCCUGUAUGUCCUUUGCCUUGUGAGAGACGCAAGAAGAAGAAAGAAGGUAUUUUACAUAAAAUUAAAUUAAAAAUCGUCGAAGGGGGUACGAAUUUUGGAACUCCGUUUCGUAAUCUCCAAUGUAAGGACAAAGUGUGCAAAGAGGUCGAGGUACCUGAACAGAAAGCGUUGGAAGCACCCAUUAAAAAAAUGCCUUCGCUACCACCACCUAGACCGGGUGUUCAAGUUGCAGUACUUGGUGCCGAUACAAACCUAGGACAAUAUAUAGCUUUGCUGCUUAAACAAUGCCCGUGCAUAAAAAAAUUACGUUUAUAUGAGGCAACUGAUACUAAAAGUUCGGAAUGUACUCGUGACCUUUGUAAUGUGGUUCAAGAUCUCCAACAUAUUGACACAAAUUGUUUAGUAGAAGCAUACAGCUGCACUUGUAAUGACCUUGAAAGAUGUUUGCAGAAUUCAAAUAUAGUAUUGAUGUUAGACAGUGCUUGUGUUAGUACGCAUAUGCCAUUGGAGAAGAGAUUCGAAUGUCAAGCACCGGCUGUAAAACGAUAUGCUGAUAUAAUUGCCAAAGAAUGUCCAAAUGCCUUCAUAAUUGUGUGUACUUCACCUAUCGAUUGUAUGGUGCCCUUAAUCGCCGAGACGCUUAAAGAAACAGGUUGGUAUAAUCCACGAAAGUUGUUGGGCUCUCUAGCGGUUCCCGAGAUGCGUGCAAGUACCCUUGCCGCCCGAGCCCUUUGUCUGGAACCGUGUUAUGUUCACGUGCCCUGCGUCGGGGGCACAGAAGGGUUGUCUUUAGUGCCAUUAUUUUCUAAAGCCUUGGAAUAUUUUGAUUUUAGUGAGCAAAAUGCUGAAUUGAUGACGCAGACAGUUCGAUGUGCGCCAAUUACGGUUGGCAGAUGUGAUGGACAGUGUAACAAAUCUGCCGAACUUAGUGAAGCACAUGCCUUAGCGGGCUUAGUCACAAAAGUAGCUUGGGCUCUAUUAUGUAAAGAUGUACCUAGAGUUUCAGGAUUCGUUGAAAUAGACGCCACUCAAGUCAUUUCACCAACCAGAUUUAUAGCCAGUCCGGUUGAGAUGAAUGGCAGUGGUAUCAUUAAAUGUCUAGGCCUUCCCAAGAUGACGGAUCAUGAAAUGAAACGCAUGGACUUAGCAUUCAAUGAACUAUUUUGCAAGUGCAAUAUAGUACAGAACUGGUAUUGCAAGUACUGCAGUUCUUCCAGUAACCUGAGCGCUUGUCAACUUCAAUUCUUCGUACCAAAAUCCUAUCAACAUUUUGACGAUUGUGCUUAUGCAAACUUAUAAUUUAAAUGUUUUAAUCUGUUUGGUAAUGUUUUGAGAUAUUAAUUGCUAUUAAGUGUUUUUGUCAUUAAAUUAUAUUAUUUUCU